AAGUCAUUCUUCAUUCUUCGCCGCAAUGCAACGUUACAUUUUAAUAUUGUUUUGUGCUUGCUUUUUAAGCCAAGCUCUGUCUAAAAGGUUGGAAUACUGCAUAACGCCCUAUUGUGGUUACCGAAACAUAGCCUGCAAUAAUAAUAUUUCCUUCAGCGCUUGCCCCAAAGAAGUAGCAGUUGUGAAGAUGCAAAAAUAUAUCAGCUAUUUCAGCGACACCAUUAACGUGGUGCGUAAUAAAGUGGCCACUGGAAAAUUCCGAAAUCUUCCAAAGGCUGCGAGGAUGGCAAGGGUGGUUUGGUCCAACGAACUGGCCUGGUUCGCGAAGUUGAUGUUGUCCAAUUGCGAAAGCAACCUACACCAAUGCAUGAGUUCCCCCAAUUUUUAUUAUAUUGGCAGCAUAAAUCAACGAAUUGUAGUCGAACAUCCCAUAACCGAUACAAAAUAUGCCACUUUAUCGAAUACAUUGAAUGGCUGGUUAGUUAAUGUAAAGGGCAUUUCCAGACGAAUGACUCUAAAAUUGCCCCGUGCGAUAAAAACCGCGUCCGCCUUGAACGCAGCUCUGCUGAUCAGUGAACGUCUUACACACUUUGGAUGUGCCUCGGUUAUCUACAAACUGUCUAAUAAAAGGAUCUAUAGUUUUAUCUGUACCUUUUCCACAGACAUUUUUCCCGGCCAAGGACUUUAUAAAUGGGGCGCCGAUGCGGGCAGCCUAUGCAAACAUAGGGAUAAGCGCUUCAAAGGAUUAUGUUCCAUACAGGAGAAAUAUUCAAACAACAAACCAUCACCAUUAGGUGGCAACAUGUUCCUUUAGUAUAGAGAAAUGUUCUGCAUUACUUAAAGAAAGAAGGAAAAGUUGAAACAUUCUAAUAGAUGCAGUGGUAGAUUUUUUAUAAGAUAUAUAUAAGAUAGGAUAUAAAUCGCAAAUGCCGAUCUUUUUAGGAAAUGUAUUGUACUUUAAAAACUUUACAAUAAAUAUUUUCCUUAUAAUAUAU